AUGGCCAUCGCAGUGCCCCCUCUUCCGCCUUAUCCGUCCAACAAGGCUCGCGCACUGCUCCCUCCCUCCCAGCAAGCAACUCUGAACGACACCAUCUCUCGUUCUCUCGCCCAGACCCUUGCUCUUCCAGACUCUCAAUGCGACAUCAAAACUACUCACGUAUUUCUCUCUUCGUUCGCAAGCGACACAGUUCAAUCUGUGCUGCAGCAUAUCAUUUGGGCGGACGAGCAUGAGGCAGGACGAUCCACUUUAUUCUCCAACCUCUCGCCGGUCGAGCGCAUCAUUCGCCGGCGAGCGUUCCGCCUGGCCGAGCGGCUUGCGAAGACCGACUCGCUUGAGCUGCAGACUCUGCUCGAUCUAAGCAUUGCAUAUGCUUCCACCAACGUUUCUCGUCUCCGCGGACUGCUCUCUUCUGCGUUCUCUCGCAACCCGACGUUAUUGUCGCAAGUGCAAGAUGAAGCCGUGAGCGCGUUCACCGCCCUGCUAUCUACGCCCUCUCAGGGCCUCUACGGACUGCGUAAGACAUCGUACAUCCUUCUUUGCUUCGUCCGCCCUGCUCCAACAGACGUGAUCCGCAUCUUCGCUCGCAGCAAGUCGUUCAUGCUCGCUCUCGCCCGCGCCUACGACAACGGUCUUGCGUCCCUCGCCCAGUCUUAUGGCGGUCUCCGUCUCCUCUCAGCCGACUCCCAAGGCGCGUCGCUCGACCAGUGGGAGCGGAUCUUCCUUGAAAGCAAAGUAGCGUUCAUCGACACCUUCCACGUCCUUAUGCGUGCUCUCCUUGAUGAAAUCACUGCUGCACUACUCGUCGAGCCUGCCCUCGCUGCGCAGCGCGAGCCGGCGUUCGAGGUGAUAUUCGCUCUCAUCGAGAUGUCCGCAUCCUCUCGGGAUACGGGCGACAACCAGAGCACGACCCCGACGCCUUUCCUGAACCGUCCGCUUCUUGCGGAUUACGAGCAUGCAUACAAUCUCUCGCGCAUGCUCUCAGAGGUAUUCAGUCAUGCAGAGGAUGCGCAUGCUGAUCAAUUGGAAUCAUCGCUUCGUUCGCUGGAUGGAGACGCUCAGAACGGAGCUCACGCUGCAGGCCCCGGUGCAUUAAAACUCCUUCUGCGAUCAUCCGGUGCAGCUCCUGGAAUAAAUAGCCGGGGACGAGUUCCCGGCGGACCGUCCACCGACGUAAAGGGCAAGAGUAGGGCGAUCGAAGCGAAAAUCAGCUUGCAAGAGGACAUCGCAAUUGACGCUGCCGUCUCGCAAGUGCUCGACAUCCUGCCGGACCUGCCGCAGGACUACGUGCGUUUCCUGCUGGCACAUGCGGACUAUCCAUACCACGGAAAUGCAGAGCGCUUGAUCGGCGCGCUGCUGGAGGAUACGGCGCCGGCGGUGCAGGAAGUGGAGGAGACGAUGCGCACGGCGAGCGGGGGCGGAGCGGACACGAGAGAAGGAAGGGAGACAAAGGAGGAGUAUAUAUAUACGAAGGAAAGGAAAAAUGUGUUUGACGAGGAAAAGAUGGAGUUGAAGAAUGUCAGUAAAGGGAAGAAGAGCGAGGAUGCAUCGGCUUUCCUGCAAGACCGCGCAUAUAUCGAGGAGAUGAAAGCAGAUAUCCUGCGGCGCGCGGAAGAGAUCUUGGAGGACGAGUCGGAAGAGGAAGAGUACGACAGUACAGCAAAAGGCAAGGGAAGGGCAAGGGACAUCGCGUAUGAAGAAGAGCUCGACGAGCUGGACGCGGGCGGGAUCAAGGUUCGCGAUGGCGACGAGAGCGAACUGGAAGGGCCUGAUACAGACGGGGAGGAUAGAGCAGAGGGGAUCGGUGGAGAGAGCACCCCGAGGAAGCCGGAAACGAUCUUGGAGCUGGCGUACUUGCAGGACCCGAAGCAGUUCGAGAGGGAUGGGCAGACGCGUAGAAGCAAGGCGCGGGCUGAUCUUAGGGCACAGACAGGCUGGUCAGACGAACAAAUCGAGGGUUGGAAAAUCAUGCUUGAGAGGAAUCCUAACAAGGACAAGGUGCUGGCAAAGCACGAAUUUCGCGGCAAUAAACCUGGCACACCUCUCCCGCCAGCUGUCGGCCCUUCCCAACCGCGAGGCGAUGGUCGCGGCCGCGGUGGUGGCGCAAGAGGCAGAGGGGGCCGCGGCAGAGGCAGAGGCAGGGGCAGAGGCAGGGGUAGCGGUGGUGGUGAAGCUGGCGGCGGAGGCGAUGGCGGUGGCGCUUCCGCAGGGGAACGGGCAUGGAAGGACAAGAAUAAGGCGAGUCGGGCGAACCAUAACAGGAAGAGAGGGCAUGAUAAGAAGAUGGCGAGGGCAGGAGGGCCGAGCUGA